AUGCCAAAAGUUGCCACCAUGCCACGGCGGAUCGUCACGUCUGACGAUGAGAAUCACGCAUCGAGCGUUCUUGAUGAUCGGAGUAAUGGGAUAGACACGAUUUCCUCCGACAAUGACGCGUCUCAUUCCACUCAGCGCACUCGGAAACGUGCUCGUGUCUCGUCGGGUGGCAAAUCCAUCAAACGCGAGGGUGACAAGCGAGAGGCCAGGGGAAGGGCUAAAGAGAACAAAAUAGGGCAGUCGCUUGGAACCCCAGCGGCUUCUGGGGCAACGCAAGAGGACGAUAACAACGACGAUGACGAGGAGGCGGCAGCCGUAGCAGCGCAGGUGCCCAAGGCGGUGACUCUGCCGCGUGAUAUUGACGGAUACGUGCCAGGCUCCAUCGUUCGAGUGAAGUUACAUAAUUUCGUUACCUACGAUGAUGUCGAAUUCCGCCCAGGACCAUACUUGAACAUGAUCCUUGGUCCUAAUGGCACUGGAAAAUCCUCUAUUGCUUGCGCCAUUUGUUUGGGCCUUGGGUUUCCUCCUUCGAUCCUUGGGCGUGCCACAGAACUUAGCGCUUUCGUCAAGCAUGGCCAUAAGGAAGCAUAUGUUGAGAUUGAGCUCAAAGGGCGAUCACGGGAGAGAAACAUUGUCGUUCGACGCAAGUUAUUUUCCAACAAAAACAGGAGCGAAUUUACCCUCAAUGGGGAAGAGUCUACAAUGAUAAAGGUCACCAAGAAGAGGUCAGAGCUGAAUGUUCAAGUCGGGAACCUCUGUACAUUCCUUCCCCAAGACAAAGUGUCUCAUUUUGCUCAGCUCACUCCACAGCAGUUGCUCCGCGAGACACAAAAGGCGGCGGGGGAUCCACGCUUGAUUGAAUGGCACGAUCUCCUCAUUGAUGAGGGAAAAAAGCUAAAGAACACAAGAGAGUCCUAUGGGAGCAUCUCCGCGAAAUUGGCUUUCGAGAAAGCUCAGAAUGAGCGCAUCAAAGCUGACGUUGAGAAGUUCGAAGCAAGACAGAGGCUGCAGAGCGAGCUUGAAUUCUGGGAGCUUGCGCUUCCAUACAUCCGUUACCUUGAAGCCAAAUUGGCCAUGCCGGCUUUAAAACAGGCUAAGUUGGUGGCCCAAGCAAAGGUGAACGAAAUUCUUGGACGGAAUGCGCCUCUGAAGGCACUAUCUGAUACAUGGAAAAAGCAGGCCGCGACUCUUAAAUCUAGGAAAACGGAAUAUGAAACCGCACUGAAGAAAAAAACAAAUGAUCUAAAGGAGACAGCGAGCGGGGCUGAUCGUUUACACACAACAUGUGAGCGUUUUCAUAAGGAAAUGGGGAUCAAAGAAAGGAACGAGAAGACCCGAAGGGAACGACUAACUCAAAACGCAAAACUGAUCAAGCAACUUCAAGAGAAGCUGGAGAAUCCGCCCGAUGUGCCUGAGGACAUGGAGGUUGUGAAACGCGAAUCGCAACCCACUUUCGAUGCUUUAAGUCAAAUUGCCAUUCAAGGUAGUGAUGUCAAGCACCAACUGCACGACCUAGAUCAAGAGAGAAAGCGCGCAGAGGACCUUGUUAGCCGAACAAAGCAGAAGUACGAGUCUUUCACGAUCCAAGCCGUUGGCUUCUCUAAAUUUUAUUACUGCAGUCUCGACCGAAUCAUGGACCCCCUUCAACGUAGAUGGAACAACUUACGACAGUGGGAUGAUGGCACGUUCCGAGCCGCUUGCUGGCUGAAGGAAAAUCAGAGGCACUUCAAUGCCGAAGUAUUCAUGCCCCCCUGCAUAUCUGUUUCCGUGACGGACAAGCGCUUCGCAGCAGCGAUAGAGUCCAACAUUAGUGCAUCUCACUUCAAAGUGCGUGGUAUUGUGCAGAGCGAUGACACUGGUGGCAUUUACACCUGUCUGAAGACUUUCAUCUGCCAAAACGAAGAAGAUUAUCAAACAUUCAACAGGAUCGUGAAUGACAAUGGUCUUUUUAAAGAUCAGGGCGGAAAAGCGGCUCGUAUCAAUGUGUGGUUCCGACCCGCGACGGAAUUGCCUGAAAGGGUCUUCAAUGCAGAAGAUUUGAAACGUCUCGGCUUCGACGUGUAUGCGUUCGACUACAUCGAAUGCCCGGAUCCCGUGAAAAUUUUUCUUACAAAAGAAUGCAAUCUCUAUGCGAUGCCCGUCUCGUUACGGGAUGGCACUGUCAAUCGUGAAAUCGUAAUGGCGAAGUUGUCGGAGUCGAGAGCACGCGGAGGAUUGUUUGUUGAAGGGAGAACGAAGUACAAUGUAGGGCGAUCUCGCUAUGGCAGUCGGCUUCCCUUCAUGAACACGAGCCAAUUUAAAGAGGCACGAAACCUCGGUGAUGGAGGAGUCGAGGAAACCACGAAGCGGAGGUUCCAGGCUGAUCUGGGGAACGCCGAGAAGCAGCUCAGAGACAUUGGGGACCGUAUAACUCAAGUGCAGGAAACUGACGAGAGGCUCAAGGAGCGCAGGAAGGAAUUCGAGGAGCGAAAAUCGUCCUUUGACAAACGCAUCAAGGCCAUUCAGGACGUGAGGUCCUUCGUCGCCACCACAAACGACAAGCUUGAGAGAGCGGAGCGAGAACGCGAUGCACUCAUGAAUGUGGAGUCUCUGGAACAGCAGAAAGCUUCCAUCCGGGCGAGAUUGAUGCAAGAGCUAACAAAGGGCUCAGAGCUCACGGAGAAUUAUAAGGAGGCCUUACUUCAAAUGCUGAGUCUCCAGGAGAGGAUCACCAAAAUCUCGUUAGAACUUCUUCAGGCUAUUGUAAAUGACCAAGUUUUGGAUAGUAUCGUGCGCAAGCAGAAUGCUCGCGGUGACAAGGCGCUAGCUUUCUUCAACAAAAAGAAGGCAGCCCAUGACGAAGCAAAAACGACGCUGAAACGGCUACAAGAGGACAUCACGAACAAAUUCGACAACCUUGAAGAGUCGCUCCGAGCCCGCUUUGAUGCUGUGCCGAAGGAAGAGAAAGACGGCUGGACAGUCGAAUUCAUCCAGGACAAGAUUAAUGAGUACGAGUCAGCCCUGGAAGCCAACUUCAAUAUCCAGCCUGGUGUUGUUGAUCAGUAUAAGCGUCGCCUCCAGGAGAUCGAAAGCCUUGAACGGAGAGAAGUUGCGAGCAAGAGCGAUCUUCAAAAGGUGGAAAGGAACAUCGAGAAAGUGAAGAGUAAAUGGUUGCCUGCUCUGCAAAAUUUGGUAUCGAGCAUUGGGGAGAAGUUCUCUGCAGCCUUUGAUCGGAUGGGGUGUGCCGGCGAGAUUCGCAUAUCUGAAGCUGACGAUUAUGAGCACUGGACGCUCGACAUAUUGGUCAAAUUCCGGGACAAGGAGCGACUUCAGCAGCUGACUGCACAGCGUCAAUCUGGGCAUGCCAGAGCUCCGUUCUCGCUCGUGGACGAAAUCAAUCAGGGUAUGGAUGCUCGUGCUGAGCGCGCAGUCCACGAUCAACUCGUGCAAGUGACUUGUGCAAACGAAGUCGGUGGACAAUACUUUUUGAUUACACCAAAGCUACUCCCAGAUCUGACCUAUCAUCGUCGCAUGCGGGUCCUUUGCGUGAACAACGGUGAAUGGCUCCCUGAUGAGCCCAUCGGGAAUCUCAGAUCUCUUGUGGACGAUUAUGUGGCUCACAACAAGAACUAA